UGAUGGUUCGUUGAUUGUAUACGAAGUCAAGUCGAAGGAGAAGAAAUGGUCAUGGUAUACUGGCGAGAAGUCUGGCAUAUUCGAAAUUGACUGGCAGAGUUGGGGGAAUACCAGUUUGAUUGCGUUGGCUCUGGAACGUCAGAUGGUGGCUAUUGUUGAUCCUGGCAAGGUGCCAGCGCUUCAGAGUUCUUGAUCGUCGAUGGUCUUUCCUACCUACCUGGACUGCAUUAUAUUAUUAUUAUUGCGCUAUGUACCGCUGUUGCUAAUCAGUUUGCUCUGCUCCUGAUUGGUGCCACCACGGUGACGUAGUUCGCACGCCGUCGGCAAGUGUUCCGUUAUAAUUCUGUGUCAGUAUUUGCAUGGUCUCUUUAACGUUCCCCUCGUCUCGUUUUCGUUAUAAUGUUGUAUCUUGGUCUGUCGUCGACUUUACGCUCUUCUCUGCGUAGUAAUGUGGCAAAGGCAAUCGUACGGCCCCAUGUGCAGCCCUUCUCGAUGCGCACACAAUCAAAUAAUGCGAACAUACGGAGUGUGUUGCAAAACCGCCCGACCGUCUUGUCACCCACUCUGCUCUCCCGGUUCUCGCGUUCUGUCACAACGGAUGCGCAAACUGUGACAGCCUCUUCAUCGCAAGAUGCUUGGAAGCGUUUCGGAAUCACAGCGGCUGUUGUUGCGGGCGCCGUCAUUCUAGCAGAAGGCUUCUUGAACAGAGACACACGCGAUAGAUUGAGCCCAGCUGAACAAUCCUACUUACAUGAAAGUUUCAUGUACACAGGGGCUGGCCUGACAUUGACUGCAGUUGCCGCCCGGAGUUUGUUUAGGUCCGGUGUCGCCUUCAGAAUCAUGUCCGCGAACCCUUGGGUGGUACUCGGUGUCAGUCUUGCGGGUAGCAUCGGAUCCAUGAUGGGUGUCUUCUACACGCCACCGGAGCAGACCUUCCAGAAGCACGUUUUUUGGCUGGCAUUUAAUGCGUGUCAAGCUGCAACCCUAAGCCCGCUCUUCUUCCUGAGCCCUGCCAUUUUAUCUCGCGCAGCCCUCUACACGUGUGGCGUGGUUGGUUCUCUUUCAUUCGUGGGCGCCACAGCCAAGAAUGACAAAUAUCUGUACAUGGGUGGACCGCUGUUGGCUGGUGUCACAGUCGUCGCUUUGAGUUCACUCGCUCCACUUGCCCUCCCGUUAGGUAUGCGUGGCCUCGCUGUUGCGGAAAGCCUCUCCCUUUAUGGAGGUCUUGCCGUCUUUGGUGGGCUCGUACUCUAUGACACCCAAAAGAUUUUACAACACGCACGUAUGGCGGAGAUGGGAGUCGUUCCCAGGGAUCCCAUAAAGGAAUCUGUUGCCCUUGAGCUCGAUAUGAUCAAUAUCUUUAUUCGCCUUGUUCAAAUCCUGGCUAUGCGCCAAAAUAACCGAAAGUGAUUGACUGACGGGUAAUCGGUCCCCGAUUGAUAUGGUUCACCGCUCAGCAUUCAUGCCUGGUAU